GAUCGUACAUUCAUGGGCAGCAAGCAUCUCCUUGGAAAAGAAGGUAGAAGGAUGAAGAAGAUGUUGCGUGGGCAAGAUAAGAGUGGUAUGCUAUAUGAAAGUGAUUCGGAUGAGAAAGAUCCUUACGCCAGCGAGGAGGAGUCGGAUUCUGAAACAGACCUCGAAGAGAAAGAGCGACGCGAAAAAGAGAAAGCAGAGAAGGAGAAGGCUGAGAAGGCCAAGAACGAGGAAGAGGAACGACUAAAGGAGCUGUUAGAAGAAAAGGAGAAGGAGCGAGAGAAUGCAGCGGAUAAGGACAAGAAAGGCAAAGGCCCAGCUGGCAACAAGAACGAUAGUACCGGGCCAAACAAGAAUGCCACAGGUCCAGGACAAAAAGCUAGCGGAAAAUCGGGAGUGGAUCAGUCGAGGGGUGGCUCACCCAAACCUGGCGCAGGUGGUAAAGGUUCUAGAGCUGGAUCACCAGCUAUCCGAUCAGGAUCUGUCGGCCCCUCGGCACAACUUGCUCACUCCGGCACAUCUAGUGCCACUAGUGGCCUCCCUGUGGGUGCUGGAAAUGCUCUAACAGCAAUGAGGGCUACCAGCCCUGGGAGUCCCAAACCUCGACCACCAAUGGGUAGUGGGAAGGGUGCUUCUGCUCGUAUGACAAGUCCUGCGCCAAGUGGAACUGCUACUCCUGUAGCUGGUGCAGUGAAAAGGAAAGCUGAAGCACAACCAAGCAAUGGGCAGCAUCCCAAGAAACAGAAAACAGCUAGUCCUACACCUACCGCGCCCACUACACCUACUGUCUCCACACCAGCAUCUAUCUCCCAACCGCCAAUGAAGAAAAAGAAGAUCGAGCUAUUCCCUGGAUGUUUGACACAGGAGAUGGUCGUGAAUUAUCUCAAGGAACGUGAGGCUAAAGGUUUGAAGACUCAAACAAAGGACGCGAUCGAGAAAUUCAAACCAAUGUGGGCUGGUGCGACCGCGAAUGGCGGGAAGGAGGGUGUAGAUAUAAGAAACAAAGACCUAUUGACACACUGGAUCAAGAAGGUCGCCAACUUGAGGGAUGGUACUUGGCUGACUCUGCGAUAA